AUGAAGCCGCUGUUGCUUCUCCUGCUGGCCGUCUUGGCCACCUUCGCCCUGGCGGAGGUGUAUCAGCACAAGCUGAUCAAGAUCGAGUCCCGAAGGCGGCGCAUGAUGAGGGCUGGUACCUGGCGAGCGCAUCUGCAGAAGCGGGCGGUGAUGCGUGCCCUGCGACCGCAUCGUCGUGAUGGGUACCCGCAGAAGGUGUACGAUUGGGAUGACGAGGAAUAUCUCGGAAAUAUCACCAUCGGAACGCCCGAGCAGCCCUUCAGGAAAGACGGCUGGCCAUGGGAGAUCGAGUACGGCACCGGGUCGGCUGACGGAUUCCAGGGAAUCGACACUGUUCGUUUCGGUGAACCGGGCACCAAGCAGCUCGUCGUCCCCUCCACCACCUUCGGCCAGGCCGAGGAGAUUGCCGACUUCUUUGCCGACGAUCCGAUCGACGGUAUUCUCGGCCUCGCCUUCACCGCCAUCUCCGUCAACGACGUUACGCCCCCACUCGUCAACGCCAUCAACCUCGGCGUGCUCACCAACCCGAUUUUCACGGUUUUCCUCAUGCACCAGUUUGAUGGAGAGGGAGUAUACGGUGGUGUGUUCACGUACGGCGACUUGGAUAAGACAAACUGCGGCGAUCUGAUCGCUUAUCAGACCCUCUCCUCUGCCACCUACUGGGAAUACAAGCUGGACUACGUGUCGGCUGGUGGAUUUGACACCAAACUCGGACUCUACGCCAUUUCCGACACCGGCACCUCGUUCAUCGGAGGACCCCAAUACGACACCGACAAGAUUGCCGCCGGCUACGGAGCCACCUGGAAUGACGAGGAUCAGGUCUACGAGAUUGACUGCAAGGCAAACCUCGGCCCGUUUGCCGUCACCAUCGGCGGAAUCGUCUACAACAUUCAAAAGAAUAACAUGAUCGUGCCGUCGGAUCAACCCGGAAACUGCUGGCUGGCCCUGUUCCCAUUCGACUCGCUGUUCAUCCCGCCGCAAUGGAUCCUCGGAGACCCCUUCAUCAGACAGUACUGCCACACAUUCGACUAUGGCCGUCAGCGCAUUGGCUUCUCCCCCAGUCUUCAGAAG